CGCACUGGGGAAAAUCACCAUCAGAAUCACCAUUGACACACACACACAAAUUAAUGAAUAAAAUGGGGAAAAUUGAGCUGAUGCUUGUUGUGGUUGUUGCUGUUGUGUGUUCUGUACAUGCGCAAGAUGCUUUACGUAAAGAGGGAAUAUGCCCUGAAUUUGCACUGAAUAGUACCCACAAUUUCAACGUGAGUUUCGACUGUCUGUCCGAUUCGGAGUGCAGCUACGAUCAUAAAUGCUGUCAGCGUCCCGAUGGGGCUUACAGAUGUACAGAACCCCUGCCAAACGUGACUAGCACCAUGCGGACAACCACGGCAAAUAAAGUCGUUAAGCCCGGUCAAUGUCCCAGACCUAUACACCUUUUUGGAAGACGCUGCCCUGGCGGACAAACCUGUUCCCAUGAUGGGGAUUGUUACGGGAACAGGAAGUGCUGCCGUAGGUCCAGCGACGACGAAUGCCCUUCGGUCUGCAGAUACCCGGACUCCAACACCACCAUGAGCACCAUGCGACCGGUGUCUCCGUCAUUCAAGCCGUCAAGCAAACCUCACCGCGAUCAACCAGGCACUUGUCCCAGCAACUAUGAGAAGUACUUUGAAGACUAUGACUGGUACGAUAUCACCUGCAAAAACCACUGUAAUAGCACCGAUGACUGCGCAGAGGGUGAACUGUGCUGUGUUGACGAAUACAAAUGGGAAGACGAUGAUUAUCGCGAACGUCCGCAAGCGGACGGUUACAGGUGCCCCGUCUGCAUGAAAGCUAACUUUGAUUGUGACGAUGGAGAUGGGAUACACAAACAUGGCCAGAUAUACACCGCAUAUUAUGAUUACUGUAAUCUCUGUCAGUGUUACUACGGACAAACCAACUGCUAUAACGUCUGUGGUCAUGAUAAUGACGACGACUACUGGUAUGAUGACCUCUACAUGACACGAGCCUGGUUUACUGCAUGCGUGGCCGCUGGUACUGCUCUGCUAAUCAGUGUGAUCUUCACUCUAUCCGUGUGCUGCUGCCUGAAGUGUUGUUGCAAAGACAAACAGCAGACCAUUAUGAUUCAUCAACAACCUCCCAUGGCACAACAACCCGGCAAUGCUUACUACAUGUCUCCACCGAAAGAAGAGAAACUUUCACUGACUGAAAACGGUUACACCACGGCUUAAAAAUUGGGUGAUGGCAAAAGCUGAUGAAAAUAGUUGUAACGCAAAUAAUAGUUCAUGGUCUCGAAACAGCUAGAAUGGUUUACUGCACGCUUUACUAUACAGAUAAAUAUUUUUUCAAUGUUCUCAAUGAUGAUAUUUUACGCAACUCCGUUUGGGAUAUAAUUCGUAUCGAUUUGACAAGUUGAAUGAAGGGGAAAAUGCAAAAGAUAUACAAGUGGUAACUCCAGGUUUUACCCUGAGGUAACACAUAACCUUAACCUCAUAACCUUGUGGUGAACCUCAAGUUACCGCCUGUUUAAUUUUGCAUUCUCCCCUGAGUUAUUUUGUACAGAGUUUUGCUCUUGCGUGGUACACAGUAAACUUGUUUGGUCCUUUGGUACACUUAAUACUCGAGUAGUGUUAAGUAUGUUGGUGGUGCUUAUGGAAUUUUCUAUUUUGAAUGAAUGAGGUUAUUAUUUUGUACAUCAGCUACCUAGUCCUAUAUAAUUGUAAAUAUCACUUUCAGUUAGCUUUCAGGACAAAAGAUGUGUACUAUAUUUGAUAUCCCAAUAUUUAAGAAUUGACAAAAUUCGUAAAAGAUUCUCGAGAAACAGUUGUUUGUAUCUCAAAGAAACAAAACUUUGUGUCAAUAUGUCAGUAAGUAUGUUGGAGGAACAUUCCAAAAUAUUGUCAAUAUUUAUUACAAGUCUAAUGUCGUCUGUAUUUGCAACGACUGGAUUUUCUAACUUAUUAAAUUUGCCGAGUUACAUUGUACGAAUAACAUUCAGAACGAGAAGAACAAAGA